UGCUGGGACGAGGAUUAGGAAGAGAACGUUUAUAGCUCAUACUUUUUGUCUUUUAUUUAACAUUUGGAAGCUUGUCAUCUCUUAGUUCACCUUUUCUUUAAGUUUUUUGUUUACGUUCCAUGGCGUCAUAUACAGUCAUGAUUGUCCCUCUGCGGAGCAACAGUCUGGAUUCCCUGAGAUUCUUCCUAUGGGUGAAGCAACUGCAGGAGCUGGAGAGACAGAAGGACAUCACGUGGUUGAAUCUGCAAACGUCGGAGCAGACACAGUACUGCAUUCGCUCCAGACCUGAGAGAAACAUCCAGACUGGAAAGAUGGAGGAGGUGACCAGAGUCCCUGUGAAUACUGUCAUGCGCCUUUGUUGCCUUACUGACCGUUAGACAUGUACCGAUGUAAUAACUGACCAUCCUUUUAUUAUAGUUUGCAGUAUAAAAGUCAUAUUUUAACACAUUAAUUAAUAGGUAAUGCAUAGAUUCGAGUCUGCGUGACAAAUUAAAGGUAAAAACGUAACAUACUGUAGGUUAGUGAGGUGUUUGGCCAUCCGUAGGUUUCAGUGUGCCAUAAUAUCUGAUAAAUAAGUGUUCAAUGAGUAAAUGCAUCAUAAUCGGCAUAACAGACAUUUAGAUUUUUACUUAUUUUUUAUUUCCUUAUGUUAUGCACGAGGCAAGAAAAAAAUCAUAUUUUUAUUCUCUUUCAUUCUUCACGUGUUUCAGGACACGGGGACACAGAAGAGGACACGUUUAAUAGAUCGUUAACUUCAUGCCACUAUAUGUAAUUUUUUUUUUCUUUACAAUUUGUUCAACUGACUGAGCAAUAAAAUGCUUUCUGGGGAAGAACCAGUUAAAUCUGAAAAA